CUGUCAGUCGUGUUUCACAGUCCGAGUGCCAGGAACAGCCAAGCGGCGUAUCCGGAUGAUGGUCCCCUCUCCAGGUCGCCUCUUCUCCAGACCUGAAUUGGCCACCAUCCCUCGCAAUUUGCAAGUUGUUGAUUGAUAUUGUCGAUAUUUAGUUUUCUGAUCUCCUUUCCCCUCUUCGCAGCGGCAUGCUACUGUCAAGUUGAGUUUCACAGCUUUUGUUUUCCCCUCGUACGGUGCCGCCGCACCACCCAAUCACCCAACGUUCACUACAUAGCCCACGGCAUCAUGGGUGAAACGGACCUCGGGACGCGCAUUCAGGCCCGCGAUCUAGACCGUCAAGGCGUCACCGACUCGGAUGGGUCCGUCCUUGCCGCCGACCACCCCGACGCCCCGAUUGCAGAGGUCCCGCAGGUCGAGGACCUCGAGGAGGACAACUCGCCGCCGACGCCGCGAUUCAUUCAGGACGAGGGCUCGUGGAAGCGCUUCAAAUGGGUUCCCUACCCUGCCCGCCGCCUCAUCAAGGCUGCCGCCCAAUGGGUCAGGGGCCCGGCAAACCCGCGACGCUUUACGAUCGAGCCGCUGUUCCCCCAGGUUCAACACGCUCCCAUCGCGCUGCUCGAUAAAUACCUACCGCGCAAGCUGCACAGGGCCUUCGCCGUCCUCGCUUAUUUCGGACUGUGGAUUCUCACCUUUGCUCUGGUUAUGCGCCAGGGCCUGGUUGCAUCCGAGGUGGCACAGUGGGGCCGGCCGGUAUCGAUUGGGUGCGGGAGCACAUACUGGGGCUCGGGGAACAGCUGUGGGCUGGACGGCAUAGAUUGCCGCCCGUUUACCGACGGAGGGUUCCUGUUCAGGUGUCCAGCCAACUGCGCGAGCUACCAGGUGCUGAAUCCCCACGCCGUUGGCGAUCAGGAGAUCGUCUACAGACCUCUCGUCGUCGGCGGGCCACCCUUGUCCGGCGACGGCCCAGCUGUUUACCGAGGCGACUCGUUCAUUUGCGGUUCGGCGGUGCAUUCCGGCGUCGUUUCGAAUGCCAAUGGCGGAUGCGGCGUGGUCAGGCUCAUUGGGACGCAGAGGAAUUUCAACAGCACCUCUAGCAAUGGCAUCACGAGCGUGGGAUUUGACUCGUACUUUCCGCUCUCCUUCACUUUCGAACCCGGGAUCAGCUGUGAGGCCCGUGACAUGAGGUGGCCGUUGCUUGCCGUCUCGGUCGUGUUUACUGUCGUCUUUUCGCUUUUCGUGACCUCGCCAGCCCUGUUCUUCUUCCCCAUCUUCAGUGUCCUCUACUGGACUGUUGGGCUUGCCACGGAUACUCCGAGCUACACCGACGUGCCUUCCCUCUUCACGCGCGAGCUCGGCAACUUCCUCCCGGCCAUGUUCGUCGCAUGGGUCAUGUACGACAAGAUGGGCAUUAGGCGGACGCUCAAGGGCCUCACGGCGCAAAUCGAAAAGACGGUCCUCUGGCUCGGCGGUGCGUGGGUGGGAGCGCUGACCAAUUAUACACUCGACUUCAUCCCCAUCCAGCGCCUCACCCCGCACGAUUUGAAUCAGCAGCCCGGCGCGCGCGCCGCCUUGGCUAUCAUCAUCAUCAUCCUUGUCGUCAUCGCAGCCGCGCAGGUGUGGUUCUUCCGGCAAGAGGCGCGGCUAGUCCGCUACCUCAAGCUGUACGCCCUGCUUGGUCUAGGUCUCAUCAUCUGCGCCGUGCUCCCGGACCUCAACCUGCGCAUACACCACUACAUCCUCGCGCUGCUCCUGCUGCCGGGGACCAGCCUGCAGACGCGGCCCUCGCUGCUGUAUCAGGGCCUGCUCGUCGGUCUGUUUGUCAAUGGCAUCGCGCGCUGGGGGUUUGAUCCCCUCUUGCAGACCGCCUUCUCGCUGCGGGGUGACGCCCCGAUGGAGACGCCGCUGCCGUCCAUCCUGGAGCCCGUGAUUGCCCUGGGGGAGCCGAACCCCAACAUCACCUUUACCUGGAAGCCCCCGCCGGGCGGGGAGUAUGACGGGAUUAGCGUGCUCGUGAAUGACGUGGAGCGGUUCCGCAGGUAUUUUGAUGACGGAUCGAGCGUGACGAAUCUGACGUGGACGAGAGACGCGAACUUGCAGGCGAAUGAGUAUUUUCGGUUUGCGUGGAUGCAGGGGAGCGCCAGAGGCGAUUACACCAAGGCGGGCAAGUGGGAUGCCCUGGGUCAGUGGACGCAGAUGCAACCUGGCCCUUCGCGGAUGGUGAAGAGGAGCGAGGGUGGCAGCUUUGAGAGGUUAUGAAGCUAUGCCCGGCGUAGGGAGUCUCGUGAUAUAUAUCUUGUCGCGUUGUGUUUAGCUACUUUUGCUCUUGUUGUUGAUAGAGAUCUUAUACGAACUUUGGGAGUCGCAAAACAUAGAUAAUCUACAAGUUAGAACCGUG